UUAACUUUCAACUAAAGCCGAACUGCGAGCAUCCCACGCUUAAGACAGUGGAACUCCUGACACUGGACUCCUUGCUCACUCCUGACAUCCAGUGUCAGCAGCUGGUGCUUUGAAGAUGAUCAACCCUCACGUAUACCUCCACUAUAACUACACAGGUAAGCUGGACCAUCGGCCCAGCGUGGGCAAGGGCGCUGGCGCCGUGGACACCAAAACCAUUGUGUUCCUCAUCAUAUGCAGCUUCAUCGUUCUGGAGAACCUCACCGUGCUGGUAGCCAUAUGGAGAAACCACAGGUUCCACAACCGCAUGUACUUCUUCAUCGCUAACCUGGCACUUUGUGACCUUCUCGCUGGAGUGGCUUACCUGGUUAACUUGCUGCUGUCAGGAGAGAAGACCCUGAAGCUGUCACCUGCUCUCUGGUUUGUCAGAGAGGGCAGCAUGUUUGUAGCACUCGGUGCCUCCAUUUUCAGUCUCCUGGCUAUUGCAAUAGAGAGACACCUGACUAUGAUCAAAAUGAGGCCUUAUGAUGCCAAUAAGAAUUACAGAGUGUUUCUGCUCAUAGGAACCUGCUGGCUGAUUGCAAUAUCUCUUGGAGCUUUGCCUAUUCUUGGUUGGAACUGCCUGGAUAACCUCCCUGAUUGCUCAACCGUCCUCCCCCUCUACAGCAAGAAAUAUGUAGCUUUCUGUAUCACUGUUUUCAUGGUUUUGCUCUUAGCCAUGUCAAUCCUGUACGCCCGUAUCUAUAUCCUGGUGAAGUCCAGCAGCCAAAAGGUGAGCAAGCACAGCAAUUCGGAGCAUGCAAUGUCACUGCUGCGCACUGUCAUCAUUGUAGUUGGGGUUUUUAUUGCCUGCUGGACGCCCAUCUUCAUCCUGCUCCUAGUAGAUGUGGCAUGUGAGAACGGCUGGCGCUGCCCUAUCCUCUACAAGGCUGACUGGUUCAUUGCAGUGGCUGUGCUCAACUCAGCCAUGAACCCAGUCAUCUACACUCUGGCCAGCCGUGAGAUGAGACGGGCCUUUUUGGGUCUGGUAUGUGGUAUUUGCUUCAGGGGGAAGGCUUCUGUUAAUGGCAGUGGGAACAGGCAGUCUCUGGAGCCCAGCCGCAGCAGGAGCAAGUCGUGGAGCAGCCAGAACAACCCCAACCAGAACCAACAAAGCUCCAAGCAGGCAGAGAUGGAGAAGGGGGAGGAAACGAACACACCUCAUGGCGAGGUUUCAGUGGUGGCAGGAACAAGCAGAGGUGCUACUGAGACCGUCCACGACAGUAACAGAAAAGACUGAAACAGAGAACCAAGAUACCUGUAGUAGGAAGAUGAUGUGCUCAUGGGCCUCUGCAGUGCUCACAACGGACAUAAUUGAUGACAAAAAGAAAAUUGAGUCUUGAUUAAUUAGAAUGAAGACAUUCUUAAAUGAAAUGUUGAUGUCAGGCCUA